AUGGCCGUUAUUGAUCAGGUUCUGGUUGAGGUUUCCCGCUUUGUGGUGCGUCAAGUUUCGGAGUCAGCCUCAUCCCUUCCAACUGCGGCACCUACAUCGACUCUCGGCGACCUAUCUCCGACCGAGACGGCCACCGACAACCCAAGCCCGACCGGCAACUCAGGUAAUGGAGGAGGGAAUGGAGGCGGAGGAGGCGGAGGCGGUGGCGGCAGUAACUCGAGUUCCCCGUUGCUCUUUUUCGUUGCCCUGGGUUUCGGAGUCGUCUUCACCAACCUAUGGAUCAUCGUUGGAGUCAAAUACUGCUUCCGCUACAAUGCACGCAAUCGUGCCAUGCGUCUUAACGAAGAUGGAGAGCCCAUAAACCUCGAGAAUAUGCCUCGCCCGCAUCGACGUCGCCGUGAGAAGAAGUUGAUGACAAUGGACGAGGUCAACGACAAGUUCCCCAUGACCAAGUACAAGACAUGGGUUGGCGAACGUGCGAGAGAAGGUCUGCCUACUGCUGGGGGCGUGUCUGCUCCGCCGAGCCGUGCAAAUAGCGUUCGAUCUGCCGACGGUAUCGUUCCCGAGCUGCCUUCUAAGGAACGCGAGUCUACAGAUGAUCGCCCUACCACUGGGACCGGCAACAAGCCCGUUGCCUCCGAAAAGACUUCCGAAGAUGCUACGAAGAAGGACGACAAUACUUCAACCACAGCUGGCCAUGCUGAUGCUCCACAAACCACCCCUACUUCUGCGACUCAUCUUCAGCGUGUCCAUAGCGAUGAUGAUGACGAGGAAGACGAUGAGCAUAUCAACGCCGCUGUCCCCCCUGAACUGAUGGCAACCAGUGGCGAUACUUGCGCUAUCUGCAUUGACACCUUGGAGGAUGACGAUGAUAUCCGCGGACUUACUUGUGGUCACGCCUUCCAUGCCGUCUGCGUCGAUCCAUGGCUUACCAGCCGCAGAGCCUGUUGUCCUCUCUGCAAGGCGGACUACUACACCCCAAAGCCUCGCCCAACCCCUGGCGAAGGUGACCCGAGCGCCACCGGCGAGAUGGGCCGUUCGGCAUCUCGCGCCAACAUGCCCAAUGCUCCUCCAACUGCCUGGUACAAUUUGACCGGCAAUAACAUUGUUUUUGGACGCCGCAGAGGCAAUCGGGCGGCCAGCGGCCGUUCCGACCGUCGCCGCCGUACCCGUCAGCAGAAUACGCCCGCAUCCUCUCCCCAGCCUGCCCAGCAAGCCUCAUCGCCUGUUGCGGAGAACCAAGAGUCUCGCGGGCUCCUAGCCAACAUCAGAUUGCCUGCAUUCCGCAACCCUCUUCGACGUGGUGACAACCAGCAGCCCGGUAGCCCAACAGCUACUGGCGCUCAUGUCACGCCAUCUCAGCUUGAGGCCGGUACGCAAACAGCACCUGCCGUUACUACUACU